CGGCAGUCCGACUCAAACGGCCGCGGACGGCGCGCGCGUCACAACUGUCACAGAUUAAAAAAAAAAAACAAACAAACUAAAAAAAAAAACAAACAAAAAUAAAACAUGUUCUAAAACUCGAAUUAAAACUGGCAACAAACAAAAAAACUAUUUUUUUUUUCAAAUAAUUAAAAGUAAAAUGAAAGUGAAAUCGGUGCAUUGACCGCGCAAAAUGUCCAAUGUGAAGGAAUGGAAAGUCAUGCUUCUACUUUUGGCGUCGGCAGCCGCGAGCGAGCCGAGCCGGGCGCUGAGCAUAGUCUAUCAGAGGCCUUAUAGAAACAUCAUGUUCGUGCCCAGGAGCUACAGGAGCAGAGCGCGGCAGUCCAGAGUUUUGUUUCUGGACGAAGACGAGAAUCACCAGCAAUACGGGAAAGGUGAAAUCGAUUUGACAGUCGAUAAGAAUUCAAAGAUUAAAUUCGACGAGAAUCCCGAUUACGAGUUCACGUCGCCAGGGGAGGAAAAGGAAGACAUCCCGUCUGGUAACGAGCGGUUUUACGAGCCGUAUCGAUUUAGACAAUAUCCAAAGUUUUACCAAGGGAGAUUCGGGCGGCCGUACGCGCCAAGUUUUGGUUUCGAGCCGUAUCAAUCUUACCCUGUAGUAAGAACCAGUUUUUAUCAACCCGGUUGGAAGGCUAGGACACCCCGUGUAGUGUUUCCGUAUACGGAACCCGUUCAGACGAAUUCACACGCGGGUCCCGGUUUUGACAAUGUGGUUUUUCGUGAUCAGAAUUUUGGUACCAGUGACAUCCCUGCGGACGACCAGGCGCUGCAGGACAUUGGCACGGGAAACGCGGACGCUUUCGCUGAAAGAGAUGCCAACGACCCACAUCGAGCUCGAAUGGAUAAGUCACCGACAAAAAUGUUACAAAAACCAAUGUUCGUACAAACGGAUGGUACAACAUUGACGUAUAUGAAACGAAACGACUAUUACACAUUCCCGAAUACAACACAAACACUGCCAGAGUUUAAGCCGAUAACAGACGAACAGAUACUAAAAGUCAACCAAAUACUAAAAGAGUUACCACAGAAUACAAAUAGAAACGGCCGCCUGUUACAUAGUGGUGUAACGUCAACGGAAACUUUAGUUGUUGCGCCGACUUUGACAACGAAUCUAGAUGAUCGCCAAGAUGAAAAGUCGUGUCCACAGGGAGGGACGUGCGAAUUUUUCAUAUAUUGUUGGAUGGUCGGAGGCCUGCUUGAAGGAACUUGUGGUGGCUUGUUGAAGGGCUGUUGCCACAGAGUCGCAAAAGCUGGCAUAUUGGGAGUACACGACUCCAAUAGCAUAGACUAUUCGUCAAAUGAAGGACUGAGUUAUGGACCGGUAAUAAACGAUGAAAGCUGUGGGAUAGCAGUGGGCAAGCAAACCGCCCAGAGGCGCAUCGUGGGCGGAGACGACGCGGGAUUCGGCACCUUCCCGUGGCAAGCCUACAUCAGGAUUGGCUCCUCAAGAUGCAACAUGCUUAUGUCCAUUUUCGAGCUUAUCGGGUGGAAGCAGUGUUGGAUAGAGAGAUGCGGCGGUUCCCUCAUCUCUCGCCGCCAUGUUGUCACAGCGGGCCACUGCGUUGCGCGCGCGCAGCCACGGCACGUGCGCGUCACUCUCGGAGACUACGUCAUCAACUCUGCCGCUGAGCCCCUCCCAGCAUACACCUUCGGCGUGCGGACAAUCAAAGUACACCCUCUGUUCAAGUUCACCCCCCAAGCGGACAGGUUCGAUGUGGCCGUGUUGACGCUGGAUCGAAAUGUACAUUACAUGCCGCAUAUAGCUCCGAUCUGCCUACCAGAACGAGGGUCGGACUUCUUGGGCCAGUACGGGUGGGCGGCGGGGUGGGGGGCCCUGAGCCCAGGGUCCAGGCUGCGGCCGCGGACGCUGCAGGCGGUGGAUGUGCCAGUCCUGGACAACAGGGUCUGCGAGAGGUGGCACAGAGCUAAUGGCAUAAACGUAGUCAUAUACCCCGAGAUGCUCUGCGCGGGUUACAGAGGUGGCGGUAAAGACAGUUGUCAGGGAGACAGCGGGGGUCCCCUCAUGUUGGAGCGCGCUGGACGCUGGUACCUGAUAGGCGUGGUGUCCGCCGGGUACUCCUGCGCGAGUCGGGGACAACCGGGGAUAUACCACAGGGUGGCGCACACGGUAGACUGGAUCUCACAUGCCACUACAUUGUCUUAGCAGCUGCCAAAUUAGGACCUAACUCGAUAUAUACAGGAGCGUUUGCACCGCUGUCCUUAUCGUCUUUUAAAUUUCUUCGAGGAUGAAAUCAAACAUCAAAUUUGACACGUUGGGCUAUCUAAACAAAGACAUGAAUCAAUUUUACUGCUCUACUUUGUUUAAAUUUAAAGGAUGGUAAUGAAAGUCGAAGCGCUCCCGGAAUCACCCACUGUGCUAUAAGUUUAAAUUCAAUAAAAGAUCUUUUAUCGUAUAACAUAUUGAAAUAUAAUUUGUAUUGUAUUGCAGUCUUUUCUGUAUAUAUAUAUAUAUAUAUAUAUAUAUAUAUAUAUAUAUAUAUAUAUAUAUAUAUGUAUAAUCAUACAGACGAAGUUAAUAAGUACAAGUUGAAGAAUAGCACAAAAGAGUAUAAAAAGAAGUCGAAAAUCCUCAAAUAGUCCUCAAACAGUCAAUUCGGAAAUGUACAUGAUUCAGAAACCAAAAUAAGACGUGAAUGAUAAUGAUUUGAUUAACCAAAACGAGACAUUACACAAGUAACGAUAACAGUUCUGAAUGCCAUACGGCAUAUUUUUUUAAUGCUUAUGACAUAAUCGACUUAAAUGUAUUGUUACUGUCCAACGCUCACUCAAAUUGCGAUAAAAAAUCGUCGCCAGAGACACCAAUGAUAGUCUUAUAGUGAAGCGUUUAUUUACGCACGCUGAAAAAACGCCCGUUCAAACGAGGCAUCGGAAUGGCUAGACCAAUAAUGAUGAAGCUGAAGAAAAGCACCGAAUUAUACAUGUUAGCGAAGUCGUUCGACAUAGCUAUAUCCAUAUGACAUUAAAUGAAUCCUGUAACAAGUCACGUUCAGAUAAAAGGGGUUUGGGUAAUAUUGUACAUAUUAACCUGUAGUGUCACUUUCAGCAGCUAAAUAACUUGCACUCCAAUUUUGAAACACACCAAAUAAAGAUACAUAAUAUCAGUACAUAUUUCAGUGGAAUUCAUCGUUCUAAGUAUUAUCAAAGCUCACGUGGAUAUUAAAUUUAUUUGUUUUCGGAAUAUUUUGUUAUUAUGUAAAAAAAAUUUAAUAUCUCAUCUCCGAUAUGGUCAAGCUAUAAUGUGUGCUUCAUACAAAACGUUUCCCUUUAUUUAUUCUUUCAAAAUAAUAGAAGGUGGCCGCGAAAUUUCGAUAAAAAUUAAGCCAAUUUUAACCAAACUCGUUUAAAAAGUAGUGAACCUCAAACACUCGAAUAUGAUUCGGAUUUCUUUCAUAAAAAUCGACAAGUUGUAUAGAUUGUAAAUAGACGGUAAUCCCAAAGGGGGAGAGAGAAAAAAAACUGUAAUUUUAGCGAAAGUCAUAAUAAUUAUUGUAUACGUAACAACUCUGCUAUUCUUUUUCCGAUUAAAAUUUUACAACAUUAUAAUACUUAGCUAAAUGUGAUAUCAAUAAGCAAAACACUACCAUUUUUAACCGAGGGACGAAAAGUAUACUUACAUUCAUAGUGCCUAUAGUAUUUUGUAAAUAAUUUUGUUAAAUAGUUGUACAGAUAAAAUAUAUUUUUUACAUAAAAAAGACACUGAUCUUAAAAAAAUUGUAAAUAAAUUAAGAAUAAUUAAGAAGGCUUUAAAUAAAUUAUUCCAUUCGCUUCUAAUUUAUUUUCUUACGAUUUUUCUUUUUUUUUUUUUUUCAUUACUAUUAUUCUUAGGUACGAGAACAAAUUGUCGUUUGUAAUAGUUUAAUUUAAGUUAAAUAAAGUGUGUAUUUAUUGUU